AUGUCAUCGACUUUUUGUCGUGAAGUCGACUCUUUAUUAUCACUCUCUUCAGUCAACGGGCUAUUCCGUCAGCUGUGUGCCGCCCAUAUCUUCAGAACACUCAAGAUAGCUUUCUCGAGUGCUGGGCUGGACCGCUUGGUCCAAAUAUCUCAGUCUCGGGUCACCUCACACGUUCGAGCAAUUGUUUAUGAGAUUCCGGAACGAAUUCCCCCUAACAAUGAGAGCUAUGACUACUUCCAAACCCAUAUCUAUACCCCGGCUGAUGCUCGAGCGCGAGAACAGCGCAUCGUCCACGAGAACGCCCAAGACACUGAGGCUUUGAUGAUUGCUCUGCCUUGCUUCCCGAGGCUGGAAACGGUACAUUUGAGCUUUAUCGACGAUAUCAAAUCACCCUUCCGCUGGUUUGCUGGCCGUGUCUUUCUGGAUGGAGUGAGUUGCCUUAAAGACCACCUGGUGAAGAUGUCUGCAGCCAUGGUCGUGGCCAAGAUGGAAGGGGUGGUCGUCAAAACGUUUGAGAUAUCGGGGUUUCAUUCGCGCGUUAAUACCAGAGACUCUCUCGUGUUAUACCUGCUUGAGAAGGCUCUUAGUAACGUUGAAGAGCUGAGAGCGAUCAAUAGCCCCACGAUAUUGGAGCCAUUGAGCCAGAUUAUGCUUCCUUCGGUCCGGCGAUUUGAGCUAGGAUACGGCUGGCUAUCCUUGGAGACCAUAGACAGCUUUGUCCGGCAGCAUGCGAACUCGCUGCGUUUUCUCUACUUGAAGACACCUGGCUCCUGCACGAAAGAUUCAGUACGGACGGUAUCUAUUUUGUCUAUGGCAAACGCCCAGCAUAUCCUGAAGAAUAUGGCUGGGGUAUGGGACACAGACAUUCUUGAGGAGAUCACAAUCAACACUCGACCGGGAGGGGUUUGA